UUUGUCACUGAAUUCCCACACAUACCCAUUUAGCGUUGCGCUGCCGUACAACAUUCCGUCCUCGUACGAGUCCCAAAUCGGACGGGUGCGCUACAUUUUGAUUGUGGACGUUGAGAUACCCUGUGACUAUAACAUGCGCGCUAAACACAUUAUCGCCGUGAUAGAUCCACUGGACCUGAACACCAUUCCUAACCUCGAGUCACGAGCAGAGAAGACGGACCAGAAGGUGUUGUGAUGUUUGUGCUGCGCAUCGGAUCCUAUUUCCGCUCAUGUCCGUCUUGAGAGACAGGACUACGUUCCCGGCGGAGACAUUCCGUUUUGGGCGGAAAUCAACAACCACAGUAACAAGACAAUGAGUUGCAGCGAAGCCAGGCUUCUUAUGGAUGUCUCGUACCAUGCAGAGGCUAGAGCUUACGAAGAGUCAAUCGUUCUCUCCCAAAUCAAGCAUCGCGAGAUUGAAGGUGGCGGCACUGACGCCUACGUCAACAAGAAACUUCAUAUCCCUGUGGUCCCCCCUUCGUUCCUUAAGAACUGUAGGAUAAUUGAUAUCCGUUACUAUGUUGUGAUAACAGUAGAAAUACCCGGUCCCCACUUCAAUCUUCAUGUUCCAAUUGAAGUUGUGAUUGGCUCCAUUCCUCUCCGAUCCGUCGCCCAGCAGCAUGGACUCGCACUUCCGGAUCGCCAGGCUCCUACUGCCCCAUUAGCAAACCUGCCGUUACCACCCCCACCCUACUUAGGAGCUCCCGUGGGACUCUACAACUUUACUGCGCAUCCUCCUCCACUUCCGCAAACAACUUUCGCCCCGAGCUUUCUCGGAGCUCACAGCACCAAGGAGGCAGGGGACAAGGACUACACCUAUGGAAACACGAAGUUCGCACCCUUGUACACGUACUAUAACUGGAGCAAUCCUAGUCCUUACACUUGAGAUCAAUGGAUAAUUUGCUCGUUUGUGUACUAAAUUGAAUAGCCAUGUACAUGUUGUAGUUAAGUAGUAAAGACAUAUGGAUUUAUUAUUCAAAUCCAUAAACUGUUUUUGUAUGCGCUUAUGAAGCAAUGGCCAAAAUGUUAGCUACAUACAUUAGUAACAAUCCACUAUUUUAUUCGCCAAUAGAAGAAUUAACCCAGUUGUGCCUAGCGCCUAGAAGAAAGGCCUUUGCAAACAGCGUAGACCCAGAUGCGACGCCGCAUGAUGCGUCGUGUCAUCAGGGUCUGCGCUGUUUGCUUAAAUAUAUUUCUGUAAGAAAUAUUCUAAAUCAAGAAAUUAAAUUUCUAGACACACCUAAUUUUGGAAAUAAAUUGAUCCAAUUUAGAAGGAUGGGAGAGUCCACUAGGCAUAAAUGACUUAAGGCUUGCGUAUGGUAACGGUAGCUGUGUAUAAUCACCGCGUUUUGAUCUGUUAGUAUGUAUUAUAUAUGUAGCAGUUGUAUAUCAGUUGUAUAUCUUUACUUGCCUUUAAAGAUUACGUAUGCACUGUUUUGCUCUGUGCAAUAUGCUGUACAACAUUUUAAAUUUGUAGUAAGCUAACGUAUUUGCGGACAUUCAAAUAUGAAAAGAGUCGGACGCCACAUUUUCAUGGGAACCUCUUUAUCUGAUCAUCUCAAUGACAAUGGCACUUAUGUUCCCGAUGACCCGACACUUUUUGACAGAUAUAACACGCUCUAUUGAAGUAAACCGAAAACUGGAAUUUAGCUGUAGAAUAUGGUUAUAGUAGGAAGGCAAUAAAUAAAAAUUUAUGUACUGACGUAAACACACAAAGGCACAACGAAAAUUUGCCUUAUUGUUCUUAUUAUCAUGAG